CUACGGGGGGUGUCGAUCGGUCAGUGCGUAACUGGCGGCUGUCGGUGCGGUGUGCGGGUUCUCAGUGGGUUGCCAGCGGUCGCCCUGGGCACCACCUGCACGGAUGGAGCCGACCCGUGUACCCAGGGCCCCUGAUCCACGUCUCGUUUUCCUCAUUGGCACGCUAGCUCUCACUUUCGCAGCGACCGGUCUGUUGUGCGGCGCCAUCAUGUCCGACCAUUGGGAGGAAGUCAGCUGGAACAAGGCGGCUCUGACCCACGCGAACGUGACCCUCAAGUGGUAUUUGGAUGGACAGGUGGCGAUGCUCGAGCCCGCUUCCGGUCACCGGAAUCACCGGCCCGGAAGACGACCCACCUUCCUCGUGCCCAUGUACGGCGGCAUUUGGAUCAUGUGCGUCUCCCUAACCGAGGAGGAAAUACGAUUACUGGGUCAGGUAGAUUUCCCGCAGCAGAGGUGCAUUAACUACUUGACGCCCGACGAAGCUCACGAAGAGAUCCGCGCCGCCUGGCAAAACCGGAUGCAGAAUUUGAGUAUAUCCUGUUCCCUAGUCUGCCUGAUCAUCUUGGGCACCGCGGUUUUGAUAGGAUUUUUCGGAUUGUGCAGGCACCAACUAUCCGCGGUUCUCGUCACCGGUGUGAUGUACCUUCUGGCGGCCACGUUCGCAUUGUUCACCCUGACGAUAAUUCAUUUCAAGAGGGCCCAGGAUCGGGGCACGAGGAUACUGGACGGUCCAGAGGAUGGUGUGAUUGGUGGACCGGUUCCUAGGAACGUACUGAAGGCCAGACGCUUCAGCAGCUCGUGGAGCAUGGAUUUCGGUUGGGGUGGCGUCACCCUGUGCGCCCUCGCCUCUGUGGCGUGGAUAUUGCUCAGCAAAAUCAUGCGUUUCAGCCCGGUCGCAGCAAUAAUAGCGUAGCAGUGGGAGGCCUUCGAGGUUUAAAGGUCGUUUCGAAGAGUUACGAUAGUGUGUUUCGGUGUCGACGACCCUCCCGACGAGCUCUGACCACCGGGGUGGUACAGGCACGUUUUCUACGCAGGGAACAUAUUCUCUCUGUUCUCUCUCUCUUGUAUAGUUAAUGCAGAGAUCACGGGGAUUUUUUUGAUUAGACGACUCGCGAUUAAUUUCGCGGAUUGUAAUUAAGGGCCUGUGAGCGUUAAUUAUAUCAGGAACGGAAAAGUUGCCGCGUUGACAAAACCUGGACACUCUUGGCGAUUUCCAGGGGAGCUGGGGAACUAGGUCAGACAUUGAAAUGAAUUUUGAGAGUAUUUUUUCAGAAUCGAAAUCACUACUGAAACCGACCACCUCGAAGGCAAGAGGCUGCGCUUGCACGUCUACUGGAGGGUGCAUGUGCAUCGCGUAUUUAUUUGUCGACCUGUACUUAAGGUGCGGCAAGUAACCAGUACAAUUUUUGUCCAUCACACGGAAUGCAAUGUUUUGUACAAUUUACCAAGUAAUAGCUAGUUUCCGAUAGGGGAAACACCAAGUAAACUGUAUGAGCUGUACGAGCCAAUUUGAUCCUGCAAGGGCACACUGUUUUUCUUUGGAAAUGUCCUAAGUGUGUUUUUACAAGGGAUUCUAAUUGGUUGUUUGAUUCCAAAGGUCCUCCUAACGAUAUGGUUCUUUACUACAAAAGAAAAACAUAUACAGAUGCAUGAUUAAGAGACAGUGUCUAGGUGAAAAGCUUUUGGAACAGAAGGAGUAUUAUGUUACGAUAGUCUAGAACAGUACAGAACAGAUGUAUGCGUUUACCUCGGUUUUGAUUUGCACACGAAUUAGUCAAUUAAUGUGAAACCAAAUAGUCUGUCUAUUUAGACACAUUUUUACCAGUCUCCUGUAAUCUAUUUUUUUAUGAAGUAGCAACGGAUAUCUUAUUGAGUUUCUUAAGAGGAAACACCGGUUUGGAUAUUUUAAGUACUUUCACAGGUUCUAGAGGCCGAAAGGAUAUUUGUUGAGGUUUUGCUUGAGAAAUUUAACUACAGAGCAUAAUAAGAUAUAGAUGCCUAUAGUGUAAUUCGAUCGCCUUACAAUAGAGAGAUAAGCAUGUUUGUAACACGCAUAGCAUAGAGUUAAACUUGUUCGAGCCAAUGUAAGCAACGAUAAGCGUGUCUGCAAGAAAAAAAAAUUUUAGCUUUUGCUACAACUUGUUACAGCGAAAAAAGAGGACUUAUGCCAACAAAAAAAUAUAUCGUACACCAAGGAUUGUGAAUCGCAAUUCGUCCAUUAAGAUUUAAGAUACAAUGAUGUUUUCGAUGGGAGCAUCAAACUAUACCCGGAGUUUGAGCAUUGCUGGUCCAAUGGAAAAGCAAUCGAGGAUGAUAUAAUGUGCAAAUGCACUGGCAAAAUUAUGCUCCGGGUGUUUAUUUAAACAAACCGCAUUUUUCUGAUAAUAUUUUCUUGUCGCAUUUUUUACCUGACCCUUGUUAUUUGUUAUAUCAGAAUUAAUGUAUCAUAAAAUGCAAUAUAAAUAAUAAGCUAUGUAUAAACACAGA